CAGCUACAUGUGUAAUCUUAAUUAGAUUGAUGUAUAUUCAAUAGUAUUACGUGUAUAUUCAAUAGUAAUAUAUUCAAUAGUAUUACAUGUAUAUUCAAUAGUACAUUUGUAUUAUAUUCAAUAGUAUUACAUGUAUAUUCAAUAGAAUUAUAUUCAAUAGUAUCAUAUUCAAUAGUACAUUCAAUAAUAUUAUAUUCAAUACACUGACCUUCAGAGUACACAUUAUCUCACUUUGUGGUAUCAUAAUGAAUACCAUGAUGUACAAUAGAAGUAGCCUUUUCCUAAAAUAUUUUUCCUCAAUUUAAAUCGAAACAUGCCUUCAUUACUUUGUGGAAAUUGGUAGACAUAUUUCAACGUUAUUUUAUACGCAACAAAAACCAGAAAAUAUAGUGCUUGACAAGAACAUCACCACAAUUUAAAAUAAAGUUAUUUUGUAAGGUCUGGGAUCUUUCACAAGCAGAAACAAAUACCAAGCAUUCGAAUUUUCAGAAGUACUAUUUUAGCUGUAUUCGAUACCAUAUUCAAAACACUUGGCCCUGCUUGUUAGAUUAUUCAAUCGAUUUGAUAUAUCACUGUGAGCUCGAAAUAGAGGACACCACAGAGUCGUCCAUUUCUGCUUCAUACUUAGAUAUUUUAUUGAAAGUAGACAUUAACGGCAAACUGAAAACUCAACUGUAUGACAAACGGGGUGAUUUCAGCUUCUCCAUCGUCAACUUCCCAUAUUUAUGUAGCAAUAUUCCAUUAUCACCUGGAUAUGGUGUUAAUAUGUAUCAACUGAUUCGAUAUGCAAGAGCUUGUUCUGGGUAUAGUCAGUUUUUAAAUCGAGGUAAGCUACUGACAAACAAGUUGAUGGUACUGGGGUUUCAACAGUCCCGAUUGAAGUCAGCAUUUCGCAAAUUCUAUGGUCGUUAUAACGAUCUAGUUCGUCAAUACAACCUAUCAUUGGGUCAAAUGCUGUCUGACGUGUUUCAUACCGAUUGUUAAGCCAUUCUUGACACACUAAUUUUGACUGCGGACAACUCCGUUUACAUGAUCAGGAUAUAGGACUCACGGCGGGUGUGACCGUUCAACAGGGGAUGCUUACUCCUCCUAGGCACCUGAUCCCACCUCUGGUGUGUCCAGGGGUCCGUGUUUGCCCAACUAUCUAUUUUGUAUUGCUUGUAGGAGUUACGAGAUUGAUCACUGUGCGUUAUCUUCACCUUGCAUUGUCGUCAUGUAUAAAAUAUUUUUAAAUGAAAUGUUACAGUUCUUACGGUUUCUAUACGGUCACCAUUGUAAGUGUGUGUACAUGUUUGAGCAUGUUAUAUUAGUUAUAUUACUUGACGUUAAACUGUUCAUUGUUUGAGGUAAAAUAUACUUAUUAGGAGAGAAAAUUGAUUCUCCCCUUCAGUCCGAGUUGCAUUCCGGAUAAUCUUCGAAGCGCAGUUGAGAGCAUCUCGAUGCAUCUAAAUUGUCCGAAUAUAAUCGAUAUAAUUUUUAUCAAUACGUAUUUUAAAAUACACCAGAUUAAAAUGUGGAAAAUGAGCUGUAGUGUCUCUUUCAAGAUACAUGUAUCUAUCUAUCUAUCUAGAUUUAAUUCAGUUUUUAUUACCCCUUAUUUCACUCGAUAAUUUCAAUAUGUUGAUGUUCUGUUUGUUAUCAGGUUGUGUAGCUUAGUUUAAGUGUUAAUUUGCAUUUCUAUUUAGUUUUCUAUCUAUGUAAAUAUUCUAUCGUUCUGAAGAGAUUUUUAGGUAACCCCGAUAAUGACACACACACACACACACACACACACACACAGAGAGAGAGAGAGAGAGAGAGAGAGAGAGAGAGAGAGAGAGAGAGUUUAACUCUUGUAUAAACAUAAAUAUCUAAUACAGAGCCCAUAGGAAUAUUCACACAUAUAAUAUAUAUAUACACAUACCCACUUCCGCGCCUAUCUGUUGGGAACAUACUUUUUGACGACGGUGGAAUUCUCGUUACGUUGACCCAUUUUCUACUCGGUCAUAUAUUGAGAUAGGAAAUUCGAUACAGUCAUUUGAAGUAUAUUUAUGAGAAUCAUGAUACAAGAUAAAAAAAAAUGCAUUUUAAAUAUUUCAUAUCAAGCGCAGAAAUUACAAUUAGAAUUUGAUUUUACAUGAAAAAGUGAAGAUAACGAACAGUCCAACUCAUCACUCCCACAAGUAAUACAAAAUUAAGAGUUGGGCAAACACGGACCCCUGGAAAUACUGUACCAGAGGUGGAUAUUUAUUGAUUUCAGAAAACUUCGUCACUCCGUUCGAUAUCAUAAAUGAUCUUUUUCAUUUCUUAUUUACUGAACGCUUUAUAAAAGGUCAAGUACGGUAUUUUUGUUUCCAUCACAUUAUGAAUUGCUAAAUUGAACCAACUGGGGGGAAAAUAACAUUUAACUUCCGGUGUAAACAUCCGUUUUUAUAAGAUAAAACGUUAGUUCUUUGCCAUUCUUUUAAUGCAGCGUUGUAUAUUAAAAUAUAUUACAUACAAGGAAAAAUUAUACAUUGGAAUAAUAUUCUCCCUCUAUUUGUACAUAAUGUUUACACGUUUAAUAUGAAGUUAACUUUACCUUGUUAAUCUUGCCCUACUUCUCUACAUUGAAAUUAAACCUCUAUCUUAGUAUUGUGAAAACGAUAAGCGGGCCUUGAUCUACACGUACUGUUACACAGCUGUUAUAGGUAGGCAAUAUUUAUAUGAAUCUGGGUUUGAAUUUAAAAAAGAACAGAACUAAUUCUAUUCUGAGGUACAUAUUUACUUGUAGUUUAUAUUUUUACGGGUCAGGCAUUAAACAUGACUAUGCAUAUAUGACACACUGAAAUCUAGCUUCAUGGGAUCACAAACAGAAGGUGUGUAAGUUGUAACUUGUAGUUAAUUCUCGAGUUACCUGCGACGUAGCGAUAUUUGGAGACUACCUUUUCCGUCUUCUACAUGUCUGUCCGUCGUUAACUACACGUGUGAGCGUCAUUUAAAACAUAUCAUGGCCAUUACAGAAGGCUGGUAUUUACAUUAAAAUUUCCAUUAUAUAGCCAUGUUCGUAACUGGGAAAGCAGCGUUAAUAACCGGGUCAACCAGUGGGAUUGGACAAGCCACCGCCAAACUUUUGGCGUCCAAGGGAUGCUCCGUUAUUGUUACGGGUUCAAGAUCACCAGAAAACGCCAAGGACGUCUUGCAGGAUAUUCAGAGCACGCAAGUCGAUUUAAGGCUGUCGGUAAGGUACACUACAUUCAAUGCGAUCUCCGGGAAAGUAACAACGUUCUAAAUUUAUGUAAUCAAGCUGACCAGCUAUUCCCCGAGGGAAUCGACAUCCUUGUAAACAAUGCCGGCAUACAACAUGUAGCUCCUGUUGAUGAGAUGCCUCUUGAAAAGUGGAACGAAUUGAUACAUGUGAAUUUGACAGUUCCAUUCAUGCUUAGCAAACAUGUGAUACCAUCAAUGAAGAAAAAAGGCUGGGGGAAAAUCGUCAACGUUUCGUCCGUCAUGGCAAUGAUGGCUCACUACAAUAAAGCCCCGUAUAUUUCGUCUAAGACAGGACUAGUUGGACUUACGCGGGCAGUGGCCAUGGACACAGCAGCCUUUGGGAUCACAUGCAACGCCAUUUGUCCAGCAUGGACAGACACACCACUUGUAGCACCUCAAGUGAAAAUGCAUGCAGAAAAAACGAAGAAGUCCAUUGAAGAAGCUAAGAAAGAUUUGUUCACAAAUGCUACACCGACACGAAAAAUAAAUGACCCUUCCCAGAUCGCUGGUAUGGUUCUCUUCUUGUGUUCCCCGGAUGCUGAUAAUAUGACAGGAACCGCCGUUCCUAUGGACGGGGCAAUGACAGUGCAAUGAAUCAAACCAAUUUCAUCAUUGAGCCAUUAUUUCAAUACCAAAGUUGGCAUCAUC